AUGAAGAACGCAGAGAAGGCGAGCGCGGAGAAGGAGGGCGGUGCGGCUAGCUUCCACGUCUCGAAGCCGGAGAUGGACCAACUGAAGGCCUACGUAGUGCGGAUCAUGUCCGAGUACAACAUGAAGGAGGACCAAGGCGCGCGGCUGAUCAUUGGCGGCAUCUUCACUCUCCACAGCACGCACGUGUUCACGGGCAUCAAGGUCUACGCCCCCCUUCUGCGACACUUCUCCACGGUCACCGAACUCGUCUGCCAGCAGGAGACCUUUGACGAAAAGGCCCUCUCGGCGUUCCUGCAGCGCGAGGCAAAAAUCCAGACACGGCUGCUGUUGGUCUGCUCCAACGCACUCGGCAAUGGAGAGGCGCCGAAGGAGCGGAUGGCGAUCCUCUGCUUCCUUCUCUUCAUCGAGGGCAUCGUGAAGGACACGAGCCUCUUUGACUGUCUUGCGAUGGAGCAGAAGCUCAGUUCCAAAGGCCCCGCCGUCACCGCACAGCUGCUGGAGGGCCUGAGGACCGUCACGGACUGGCUGCGCGUGAAGGACGACGAGGGAGCGGUGAAGGGUCAGGAGGAGGCGGUGAUGGCCGCGUAA